AUGAUUCAAAAUGGAAGCGGUUUUAGCGAUGAUGACUCGGAAGAUGGCACUGGCGUCGAUGCCUGUGAAAAUGAGUCAACGGGUAGCAGUAGUGAGGACGGGGACUAUGGGAUUGAUGACAACGAUAAUGUGAGGAUCAGCGAGGAAGACGCGUAUCAUCGACUUUUAGAGUAUGCCCUGUACAUGAAGAGCCUGGCUCACGAUUUGCAAGCGAAAUGCGAUGCACCCACGAUGAAAGUUAAUCUGACACAGUUCGUAGGGCGCAGCCUUCUAUUAUUCUCGCCGCGUGCAAGUUCCUCCAGACCAGGCGCAGGGAAAAUGCAGGGAGAGGUUAACCAGCAUUUUAAAUGCAUUUGGCUUUGA